UUGAAACUCUCCUUUUCUCAGCACCAGUAUAACAAAUUUGGUGGUCUACCUGGGUCGUCAGAACCAGCAGGGAACCAACCCUAAUGAAGUGAGCCAUACGGUCACUCAGAUCAUCUGCCACCCCAACUACAGCAGUAGUACCAGUGACAACGACAUCUGUCUGCUGAAGCUCUCCUCCUCUGUGACUUUUACCAACUACAUCCGGCCAGUCUGCCUAGCUGCACCAGGCAGCUCCUUCUAUGCUGGCACUACUAGCUGGGUCACAGGCUGGGGCACCCUCAGCAGUGGAGGAUCUCUACCACAGGUCCUACAGGAGGUGGAUGUGCCAGUAGUGGGAAACAGGCAGUGUAACUGUAAUUAUGGAGCUGGCUCCAUCACUGACAACAUGAUCUGUGCUGGUCUAUCAGCAGGAGGAAAGGAUUCCUGUCAGGGGGACUCAGGAGGUCCGCUUGUGAGCAAACAGGGUACUCGCUGGAUGCAGUCUGGCGUUGUGAGUUUUGGCAAAGGCUGUGCUCUGGCAAAUUUCCCAGGUGUGUACGCCAGAGUUUCCCAGUACAAGACCUGGAUCAACAGCCAGAUUACCAGUGACCAACCAGGCUUCAUCACCUUCUCAUCCAGUGGGACUGACUCUGACCUCAGUGUCACCUGCACCACCACCACCCCCCCUACUACCACACCCGCACCUGUGGUGUGUGGCAGCGCUAGCGCCUCUUUGAACUCCCGUAUUGGUGGGGGAAGCUCGUUGGCGACAGCAGGCUUGUGGCCCUGGAUAGCCAGCCUACAGAAGAACGGAGCACACGUGUGCGGGGGCACGUUAGUGGCGGUGGACUCUGUCAUGAGCGACGCUAGCUGCUUCUCCAGGACAAUCACCCAACAAACCUCCAGGCUGUGUAAAGGCUAUUUGACCAAUAAGGAGAGUGUGAUGGAGUGCCGCAUCAGAUGACCUGGCCUCCACAAUCCCCCAACCUCAACCAAAUUGAGAUUGUUUGGGAUGAGUCGGACCGCAGAGUGAACAAAAAGCAGUCAACACGUGCUCAGCUUAUGUGAGCACAACUCCUUCAAGACUGUUGGGAAAGUAUUCCAGAUGAAGCUGGUUGAGAGAAUGCCAAGAGUGCGCAAAGCUGUCAUCAAGGCAAAGGGUGGCUAUUUGUUUAACACUUACUACAUAAUUCCAAGUGUGUUAUUUUUUAGUUUUGAUGUCUUCGCUAUUAUUAUACAAUGUAAAAAAUACAAAAAAUAAAGAAAAACCCUUCAAUGAGUAGGUGUUCUAAAACUAUUGACCGGUGGUGUAUUUAUUAAAUGCAUAUGCACUGCUUAUGAAUGUGAAAUGUAUGGGUUAUGUAUACUGAACAAAAAUAUAAACGCAACAUGUAAAGUGUUGGUCCCAUGUUUCAUGAGCUGAAAUAAAAAAAUCCCAGAAAUUCUACACAUUAUUUUUCUCAAAUUUUGUGCACAUCUUUAUUUAUAUCCCUGUUAGUGAGCAUUUCUCCUUUGCCAGGAUAAUCCAGCCACCUGACGUGUGGGAUAUCAAGAUGCUGAAUAAACAGCAUGAUCAUCACACAGGCGCACAAUGUGCUGGGCACAAUAAAAGCCCACUCUAAAACGUGCAGUUAUGUCAAAAACACAAUGCUUCAGAUGUCUCAAGUUUUGAGGGAGCUUGCAAUUGGCAUGUUAACUGCAGGAACGUCCACCAGAGUUGUAGCCAGAGAAUUGAAUGUUAAACCUCUGCCCCUUUUUUUCCAUCUAAAAUUACAUACCCACAUCUAACUGCCUUUAGCUCAGGCCCCGAAGCAAGGAUAUGCAUAAUCUUGAUACCAUUUGAAAGGAAACACUUUGAAGUUUGUGAAAAUGUGAAAUCAAUGUAGGCGAAUAAAACACAUUCGAUCUGGUAAAAGAUAAUACAAAGAAAAAAACUACAUUUUUUUGGUAUUUUUUUUGUACCAUCACCUUUGAAAUGCAAGAGAAAGGCGAUCAUGUAUUAUUCCAGCCCAGGUGCAAUUUAGAUGUUGGCCACUAGAUGGCAGCAGUGUAUGAGCAAAGAUUUGGGCUGAUCCAAUAAACCAUUGCAUUUCUGUUAAACAUUUUGUAUCAAGACUGACCAAAUGUGCCAAAUUGGUUUAUUAAUAACUUUUCAAGUUCAUAACUGUGCACUCUCCUCAAACAAUAGUAUGAAUUCUUUCACUUUAAUAGCUGCUGUAAAUUGGAAUGUGCAGUUAGAUUAACAAGAAGAAUCAACAACAAGUGGGACAUAAUCAUGAAGUGGAACGACAUUUA